AUGGAGUUGGACUCUGGUGAAAAAUGGUCCCCAUGGUUCCAAAAGGUGUUUGAUAUGAAGCACAUGGUUCCUAUGACACCCUUGACUCAUUUGGGCCUCUACGACAACCAUCAAAUACCAAAACAUGAAGAAAAAAACAGGCAAGACAUAAAAAAGGGGUCUCCCAUCAAUGCAAAAGAAGCUUACAUGGAUAGCACUAUGUCUCUCAAGGAAACUGACAAGGAAGGAUACAAAAUACAACAUAAUACAGAUACUGUGACACAAUUGAUAUUGGUUAAGGAGGUGAUGAGGUUGGCAUCUGGUCCAGAACCAAUACAUUUGAGGGCAUUCUGA